AUGUUAUUCAUUGCUUUGCUCAUUGCUUUAAGUUAUGCCGAUUUGGGCGUUAUUGAUAUGUCAUACUGCGAAGACAAAACAGUCAAUGUUGAUUUUAAUGUUACAACAGUUUCAUAUGAAAAGCCAGCUGAAAGAGAGAUAACACAUUAUACUAUAAACUUUGAUAUAUAUCAACUUCACGAGGAUGUAACUCUUACUUGGCGCGUCGAAUACUAUUGGGGAACUCUUUUCAUUGCUUCAUAUAAAUAUGACGAUCAAUUGAUAUGUGAAACUAUCGAAGGUGGGUGUAAGACAACAGGACCAAAACACUUUAAAGCAGAUGGUAAAGUCUCUGAGUCUGUUACACUCCCCGGAUGGUAUUUACUUGUUUUAGAAAUGACAGAUCAUAAAUUGUUCCACAAUUGUUUCCAUGGUUGGGUCUAUCUCUACUAA